AUGAGAAAUCGAAACUUAGAGGAGUUGGAGAAGUUCGACAGAGAAUUUGUUUGCCGCAAAGGACCUUCAGUGCAUUUUUUUCAGGUAUACAGCACAAUUACGCGAAACGGAAUCAUUAGUGACGCAUUUGCAGCAGCGCUCGUUGACGAGUUGCCGUACGAAACCGUUUUUGAUCUUCUCCAAUACUUGAAAAAUGAGAAGGAAUAUUUGCCAUGGGAAGAAGCUCUUGUCGGGUUCUUUACAAUACUGGAUUUCUUCGGCAGCGAACCAGAGGCCAAACCCGCCCAACAAUUUAUGCUAAACUUGAUGGAGAACAUUUACAAAAACAGCAGUCUCGAACACAUAACAAAGGAAUACAAAAACGACAAACUAUCAUUUGAAAUCAUUCUUGAGCAGAGAGUAAUUGAGGCCUACUGUUCGCUUGGAUCCGAAGACUGCAUCAACAAAUACAAGAAACUAUUUGAUGAAGAAGUUGUUGGGAAGUGUCAGGGCACGAAGGCAAAAGCAAGUCAAUGUGUUACUCUUGCUGCACCUCUUCGCGCCAAAACAUACUGCUAUGGGGUCAGCGAAGGAGGCAAAGCCGCUUAUAAUAAGAAAAAAGCAAGUAGCAAUCCAUCCAAAGCUUACGCUCGCCUAGUGUUUGCGUCACAAAGAAAAGCCUUGUCAGAAAAGUGUAAUCAGCGAAAUUCGCACUCGAUUUUCGAGCUUUUAUACAUUUGGGCGCAAAGUCAGCAGCAGUACAUCCAAAGCUCGUUUAUGCCUGUUUCGAACUUCAAGACGGGAAUCACGGUAUGCAUCCACAAACAAGCGAAAUGCUGUAUCGCUGCUGUUUAUAACCUGUGUGCAUUUCUCGAGAUUUAUCAACUUCGACUUUAA